CACAUGGUUCAGUCAGCUGACGCUGCUAACGCUCGGCAGCUAGGACAGGAUCGGACGGUUCUUCUUCUUCUUCUUCUCCCCGGACAGGCAGAGACGAAUCAGACAGGAUGCCUUUCUCCGAGCUUUACUUCAACGUCGACAACGGCUACCUGGAGGGGCUGGUCCGAGGAUUCAAAGCGGGGAUCCUGUCGCAGGCGGAUUAUUUAAACCUCGUCCAGUGCGAGACCCUGGAAGAUCUGAAGCUCCACCUGCAGAGCACAGACUACGGCAGCUUCCUGGCCAACGAGGCGUCUCCUCUCACUGUGUCCGUCAUCGACGACAAGCUGAAGGAGAAGAUGGUGGUGGAGUUUCGCCACAUGAGGAACCAGUCGUACGAGCCGCUCGCCAGCUUCAUGGACUUCAUCACGUACAGCUACAUGAUCGAUAACGUCAUCCUGCUGAUCACGGGCACCCUCCACCAGCGGGCCAUCUCCGAGCUGGUGCCAAAGUGUCACCCGCUGGGCAGCUUCGAGCAGAUGGAGGCAGUCAACAUCGCUCAGACCCCCGCCGAGCUCUACAACGCCAUCCUGGUCGACACUCCCUUAGCUGCUUUCUUCCAGGACUGCAUAUCUGAACAGGACUUGGAUGAGAUGAACAUUGAAAUCAUUCGUAACACGCUCUACAAGGCUUACCUGGAGGCUUUUUACAAGUUCUGCUCCAACCUCGGAGGAACCACGGCCGACACCAUGUGUCCCAUUCUGGAGUUCGAGGCCGACAGGAGAGCCUUCAUCAUCACCAUCAACUCGUUCGGCACAGAGCUGUCCAAGGAGGAUCGCGCCAAGCUCUUCCCACACUGCGGCAAGCUUUACCCAGAAGGUCUUGCUCAGCUGGCCCGGGCAGAUGACUACGAGCAGGUCAAGGCCGUCGCUGAUUUCUAUCCCGAGUACAAGCUGCUGUUCGAGGGAGCCGGCAGCAACCCGGGCGACAAAACACUGGAGGACCGAUUCUUCGAGCAUGAGGUGAAGCUGAACAAGCUGGCCUUCCUCAACCAGUUCCACUUCAGUGUCUUCUACGCCUACGUCAAGCUGAAGGAGCAGGAGUGCAGGAACAUCGUGUGGAUCGCCGAGUGCAUCGCCCAGCGGCACCGCGCCAAGAUCGACAACUACAUUCCAAUCUUUUGAGCCUACUCUUCGUGACCUCCCGUCUCUUCCUCCUUCUUUGUCCCACCAUCAUUUCAUUCAGUCUCAUGUCUUGAACAGUAUCUCUACUCUCACCUCGGUGUUAAAGAUUCUGAUGGAUUGAUGCUAAAUUAUUUCCAUUCUUCACUCGUGGCUGUAAAUUGGUUUCCCGGCUCACUAUUACUCAGACAGUAAAAACACAGUCGACUUAAAUCCAGUUUUAAACUGGAGAAGAAUCACAUGAGCCUGAUCCAGCAGAGGUACUUUUAUCAGCUCACCUGAUAAAGGAGGCAACUCAUUUGACUUUCAAACACUUUUAGCUCUGAUUGUCCAAACUUCCUGAGGCACGGUGUGUCUUCAUGCGGCACACCUUGUCUACUUGACACAUCGGCUAGUAAAAACAGUAAAGGAAUAUCCAAGUUACUAAGCUGACACACACGAGAACAGGGAAAUCUUGGAAGUGAAGUGAAGCUUGAUCUAGAUUACUGUAAAUAAUCCAUUUAGGGUUGCUCUCCAGGCACAUGAAACAUUUAAAUGUUCAGUGUACUGAAUGUUUUGGAUUCAUCACCUACCAAAAUCAGUAAAAUGACAAAAGUUAAUGUUCAUACCAGAACGUCACGGACACGAAAACAUUCCUCCACCAGAUUCUACAUAACCAUUUAUUUAUUUCUGUUUUUAGUGCUUAGGUUUUGUCAGCAUGUCUGGUCAUUACUGUGGUUUACCCCCCCUCCCAAAAACUUAACGAGUGAAAUGUGUGAGCCCAACCUGAUUACCUGUUUGAAACUAGAUUGUUGUUGGAUAUUAAAAAAUACAACAGCUUGAACGGGAGCGUCCAGUCCUCCAGUCCCGUGGUCCUGUUUGAACUCUUCAAAAUUUCUGUAAAUGAACAAACUGGAACGAAGCAAAAUCUAGUGAGUAUGACACAGACUUAAUGUUUAAAGUAUACAAAGAUAUAGAUAUUUAAAGACGAGUAUAUGAUUGUUUUUUGUUUUUUUCUCAUGCUGUAAAAAUUGAUUUAUUGCUGGUUUGAUCUGUUUCUUACUUGUGAGAUGUGUAUUGUAAAUGUGACAGAAAUUAAACAGACUAAACUGCGCUCACGGA